UCUCUCUCUCUCUCUCUCUCUCAAGAAUAUAUGAGCCCCACCCAGUUUGUCUGCAUGUAACCUCACACUAAUAAUCUCUUUGUUUAUCUGUUCUAUAUCUAUUUUGCACUGCUUCCUCUUGAUGCACUUUGUUGCGUAGUCUUGGACUCAAACUUCAGGGAAGCGUCGACAGUCAACUUGAAAAAUGGAGAUUACCAACGUCAGCGAGUAUGAGGCCAUCGCAAAGGAGAAGUUGCCAAAGAUGGUCUAUGACUACUAUGCAUCAGGAGCAGAGGACCAGUGGACUCUUGCUGAAAACAGAAAUGCUUUCGCAAGAAUUCUGUUUCGACCCCGUAUUCUCAUUGAUGUGAGCCGCAUAGACAUGACCACCACUGUUUUGGGCUUCAAGAUCUCAAUGCCCAUCAUGAUUGCCCCAACAGCCAUGCAGAAAAUGGCCCAUCCUGAAGGUGAAUAUGCUACUGCGAGGGCAGCAUCAUCAGCAGGAACAAUUAUGACCUUAUCUUCAUGGGCUACUUCAAGUGUUGAAGAGGUUGCUUCAACUGGACCUGGAAUCCGUUUCUUCCAGCUCUAUGUCUACAAGGACAGGAAUGUGGUUGCUCAGCUGGUGAGAAGAGCUGAAAGGGCUGGGUUCAAGGCUAUUGCUCUUACAGUUGAUACCCCAAGGCUCGGUCGCAGAGAAGCUGACAUCAAGAACAGAUUUACUUUGCCUCCGUUUUUGACACUGAAGAACUUUGAGGGUUUGAACCUCGGAAAGAUGGACGAAGCUGCUGACUCUGGACUUGCUUCGUACGUUGCUGGUCAAAUCGAUCGUUCUCUUAGCUGGAAGGAUGUGCAGUGGCUUCAGACAAUCACUUCGCUGCCUAUCCUAGUUAAGGGUGUUCUCACUGCUGAAGAUGCAAGGAUUGCAGUACAAGCUGGAGCAGCUGGGAUUAUUGUGUCCAACCAUGGAGCUCGCCAACUUGAUUACGUCCCUUCGACUAUCAUGGCCCUAGAGGAGGUUGUUAAAGCUGCACAAGGACGCAUUCCUGUUUUCUUGGAUGGUGGUGUUCGUCGUGGAACAGAUGUCUUCAAAGCAUUAGCAUUGGGUGCCUCUGGCAUAUUUAUUGGGCGCCCUGUGGUGUUCUCUCUCGCUGCUGAAGGAGAGGCUGGCAUUAGAAAGGUGCUCCAAAUGCUGCGCGAAGAGUUUGAGCUAACCAUGGCAUUAAGUGGAUGCCGUUCGCUCAGAGAGAUCACCCGCGAUCACAUUGUGACUGACUGGGACGUUCCUCGCCCUCGCCAUCAGCCGAGGUUAUAGAAACAUUCAAAUGAAUAGCGGUGGAUAAACCUUUACAAGCUGAGAGUUGAUGCGAUCGGUUCCACAGCCUUCCUUUGUUCUUGGAUUCCUUGUUAUUUCUGCGUUUUCUGUAAUGAUACUGAUUACUGGAUGGUGAGAUAAUAUUUCCAUGGCUACUGCUGCUGCCUUUUACUGUAUAUUUUUUUCCAUAAAACGGAAAUAUCGAUCGUCAUAUAACUAUUACGACAUAA